AUGCAGGAGUCUCCAGGGGCCAUGGGUGUAGACGGCAGCUACGCCAGCAACGUUCCAGCUUUUCUCACCAAACUGUGGACGCUGGUGGAGGAUCCGGACACCAACCACCUGAUCUGCUGGAGCGCUACCGGGACCAGUUUCCAUGUGUUUGAUCAGGGACGUUUUGCCAAAGAAGUUCUGCCAAAAUACUUUAAACACAAUAACAUGGCGAGCUUCGUUCGACAGCUCAACAUGUAUGGUUUCCGUAAGGUGGUGAACAUUGAGCAGAGCGGUCUGGUGAAGCCAGAGAGAGACGACACAGAGUUCCAACAUCUGUACUUCCUCCAGGGACACGAACACAUGCUGGAACACAUCAAGAGGAAGGUUUCCAUCGUGAAGAGUGAGGAGACCAAGGUCCGUCAGGAGGACCUGAGUAAGCUGCUGUAUGAGGUCCAGCUCCUCAGGACGCAACAGGACAACAUGGAGUGUCAGAUGCAGGACAUGAAACAACAGAACGAGGUUCUGUGGAGAGAGGUGGUGUCACUGAGGCAGAACCACACGCAGCAACAGAAAGUCAUGAACAAGCUGAUUCAGUUUCUGUUCAGCCAGAUGCAGUCCAACACACCCAGUACUGUGGGCCUAAAAAGAAAGCUGCCCCUGAUGUUGGACGAUGGGUCUCCGAGCCCUCCGGCCUCCAAGUUCAACCACACUCACCCGAUGGAGCCCAUUCACGAGCCCUUCUACAUUCAGUCGCCAUCCAGUGACACGGCUUCCUGCUCCACUAGUGGUCUGACAGGAGGACCAAUCAUAUCAGACGUUACUGACAUGUCUCAGGCCAGCAUGGCGCUGCAGAUACAAUCCGAUGAGACGAGGGAGAAGUGCAUGAUGCUCAUCAAAGAGGAGCCUGUGAGUCCCGGAGUGAGAGGAGGAGGGAAAGGAGGCGGUGUGGGUGGAGGAGAGGCCGUGGCCUUGACCUCCACCUGUGAGGUGUGCUCCUCAGAACCUCCCGUCCUCCCUGUGGCAAUGGUCCAGUCUGUUCUGGAGGGGAGGGGCUCCGCGGCCUCUGUGGUGGAGAGGAGGGGUAAGAGGCCGGUUCUGGACAGAGUGGAGGUUUCAGAUGCAGUGGAGAACGUGGACAUGAGCCUUGAGGAGCUGCAGCAGCUGCUGCUCAGGAGUCACCAGCAGAGCUCUGUGGAAGCUGGGACCAGCGCUGUGAUGGACCCCUUCAGUCUAAACCUACCUCUCACUGAGUGGAACUUCACAGAGAUGGAGUCCAACCUCAAAUCAUACAUGUUUCAGAAUCAGGAGGCGGAGGCUUUUCCAGCUCCAGGCUGUGAGGAACAGUGAUGGAAGGCCCCAGACGCUGCUGUUUCCCUCGUGGUUCCACUCUGCAGGAGUUUGCUUGCUUUAUUUGCAUUCUUACAUCCACAUACAUACAACAGAUCUCUACAGGUGAUGUGGAUGAUUUUUGUUUUUAAAGAACUGAUAAAAGCUUAUAGUUCCUGGUUAACUGAGAGCUAUCGAUCAGCUACUGGCUCCGUGGGAAUCAAAACUACCAGCAUUGGCAAAGACGCUGGUCUGAGUAUUCAACACAUAUCCCGCCUCCCCCCAAAAAAACUAGUGUGUUAUGAGAUAUGAUUCUAUCUAGACUCCAGUUUUCAGCCAGCUGGAUGCAGACCUUGCAUUCGUGGCUCCAGCACUUUAGUCUUUGUGUGAGAGGGAGUUCCUGCUUGUGGAAGUGAUUUUUCUUCUUCCUCUACAUAAUCUACUAUUUAAUAUUUUUUUAUAUUUUAUGCUUAUUACAAAAAACUUUUUUAUUGAGGGGCAAACUUUAGUUAAAAAAAAAUAUAUAUAAAAAAGUCACUGGUGGACAACGUAGAAUAUAUUACACGUUAUGUAAAUAUUGUCUGUCUGUGUAAAGGUGUAGGAAAUUUACGGGCUCCUCAGAUGAUUAAUGCAUUUCACACGACGAUAAAUGUGUUGAGACGGACGAGAGGUGCGUUAACCUUUGUGAUAUCAGAGGUUCUUCUAUAGCGAAAAUUUUAAAUCCUGCAAGAAACCUUAGAUUUUUGAGAUUUUACACAUUUUAAGACUCAACUUAUCUCUGCACAUGUCUGACAUGUCGCCAGAGACUUAGUUCCUUCUCUUCUGUCCAUUUACAUGUGAAGUUUGAAGUGUGAAGAAAGACUUCUCAUCGACAAAAGCAUGAACACCGCUGCGUUUUUGCACAACCUGUAUCACUAGAUAUAUUUAGUUAUAUAGACAACAGGUCAGUUACUGUUUGUCUGUAGAUGACUAACACUCUGUGGCUCUAGACAUGUGUGUCUAAUAGAGAUACUGGCCACAGCGGCAGGACUUUUCCAAAAACUCAGAAACAGGACGUUCACCAGGAGGUGUCUGAAUGUGACUGCUGCUGUCAUCUGGAAACAAAGACCACAAGUCGAGACUGAGGAACUUUAACGAUAAACAGUCGAGACGCUGGUUUUCAUACUUGUCCGGGAGCCAGUCUUUAAAAAGAUCAUCAUCAUGGUUCACUAUGUUUUAUUCAAUGUAUGGUGGGGUGGUUACUUGAGAAUUUAAUCUGAUGUAAGACUUUGAAUACCUGCUUGAAGAAAUGCAUAUGAAUUCUCUUGAUUAUGAAAAAAUUCUUAAUGAUUAUGCCAUUCGAUGUAAAAUAUUAAUCCUCAGCGCUGGUUGCAGGCAACACUUAAACUGUUGAAUAUAGAGUUGAAUUGUGCAAUAAUGUACAGAACUGUGAGAACUCACAAAAUUGCAAUACAUGGAUGACCAUAGGAAUGUAGGAAACAACAACUGUGAGUGGUGGACAGGAACACAGGGAGAUGCACUGCCGGAGGAGAAUGUUAGCCUGCGAAUAUAGAAGCCCAAAUUGUGUUUAAAGUCCAGGGGAGGCAACACAAUCCGUAAAUAAAGAUGGAUGCCACAUCUCUACUUCCUUUGCAGAAGUGAAGCCAAAAUAUACCAGAUAUGGGUGCGGCCAUCUUGCCCUGGUGAUGUCAUCUGGAGGCAGAGUCUGUGCCAAAGUCAGCGUGGGGCGGGGUCUCAGUAUCGAGACUCGCUCGACCAAUAGCGAGUCAGUCUCACAUGUCAAUCAUGGCGAACUUAUUGGAUAAAUUAACACUUUUAACAUUAUUGUGAUAAGAACUAGAUAAGAUGACAGAAACCAUCUUUGAAAAUAAUUUAUUUGCCAUAAACACUUUAUAUUAACCACGUCCUACGAAUCAGCAGCGACUAGAGUGUGAUCCAGAUGUUUUGGCUUCACUUUUGGAAAGCUGUCAUGGCGUCCAUCUUUACAAAUGGGAGGCACAAUAGCUAAGAUGUGUCCCAGCGUGAGCCAAGGACCAGGCUACUGCUAAAUGCUAACUUUGUAGGAACUUGAAAGCUCUUUACACAACAGACUGGAAGCCUCAUCAAUAAACGGUUAGAGAUGCUCUUGAAGCAAUUUAAAGAAUGUGUUCAUAUUGAUUUACGUAAACAUUAUGCUUCAGUUAUUAAGCCCACGCAGACUGCCCCCUGCUGGUUAACAUUUUCCCGGCAGACCCUCCAUCUGUGCACGUGCAUGCUUUGAGGAGAAGGGAGGAAAAGCAAGCUGUGGUGUGUAACAAGUGAAAUUGCACUAAAAAAAAUCACACAUGUAUGAUAAUUGCGAGUAUAAGGUACAUUUUAGACAUAGCAUUUAUUCUUGUUCCUCAUGAUAAUAUGAGUGUUAAUGAUUUAUUUUUUCCAAGGAGUGACAAAUACACACAUUCAGUUGCUGUUGUGUUCUUAACUUAUUCUGUUUUUACCCAUUUUAAUCAUUUGCACUGGAAAUAAACGGAUGUGUGUUCCAAUGACAUUUAUACUUGUCAGGAUUGCAAAUAGAAGUAUUUUUGUGAGUGAAACGAUCUCUGGCAUCCAGAAAGCACCUCGGCACUAUGAGGGGACGCCACCAGUCAGUGUGGAGCAUCAACCGACAACAUGCAGCUGCUGUCAGAGACGACACACACACACACAGAGGGUCUUAGUGCCGAGCUGCUUUUGAAAGUGGGCCACAACCUGCUGAACAUGUGAAUUGUUUUACGUGGAUUUUUGCAAAGACUAAAGUGUAUUGUAACACAGACCCAAAGGAACUGGACAUGUAUUCCACCUGUGUAUGAAAUAUUUAAGUUGUUCAAACAAAUAAAAAUGGAGAAAGAAA